CAGUGCUCUAAAUACAGAGCGUAUUUAGCGUACUUCUACGGCGUAGGUAAGCAAAGCGAAUGCUCUACUGCCUACCGAGACUACAAGGGGUGAGGUUAGGUUUUUAGGCCAUAUAAUGAAAUCUGUUAGCACUUCGAUGUUCGUGCUGCUAUAUCUCGCAGCAACUGCCUCUGGUUUCACAGAAAAGCGCAAAUGCAAGAAAGGCCCGGUGAACGCUUUUAAGAUGAUCACUCACUUUCCAAAAGUUGUCAUGGCGUACACGUCAAGCAGCGACCCGAGCUACGAGUGCCUCACCGCCCCGCAAGUAUACCUCAACGAAGAAACGAAGCAGGCCACUUAUCUGUGGAACUUCAAGAGUUGCGCUGACCGCCACACUAUAGUAAAGCAGUCCACCUUUGAAAUGUCGCUUGGAAAGAGCGUGGACCAACUGGACUUUUUUCUAGAUGGCGACCAUAGUGAACUGUACACCGCAUACUACAAUUAUACUGACUAUGAAAACUGCGUCGUGUCAAUACUUCCAUACUACGGGGAGAACCUUUGUAUAUUGUGGGUAACCAAGGCAGUCGACGACUCCAUACCCUUGCCUUGCCUCGCAGCGUACCACGCGACCUGCCAAAUAGGGUACCGGGCUUAUGACAGCGACUUCUGCGAACAGUGUCGGCCGCAAGGCAAAUGAACGAAGUGCUUUCCCUACCCAUCGCAACUUUUUUGACCGCUUUACAAUGGUCACUAAUAUUGUUUCAAUAUCUUGCAAUAAACAUUUCUUGAGGUCUAUC